ACCUCACUGCAUUCCGCGUAUCCACGCCCACGACAAAACCAUUCAAACACAACACAACCAUGGCGUCAGGUUAUGGAUUGGCCGGCGGUCCCUCCCGCUGCUUCCCCUUCUGGCAAGAAGUCCUCGCCUGCUACGUCACCAACACGAACCCCGAGGACGACUCGGGCAAGGCCAAGUGCGUGCCCUACCUCGAGGAUUACUACGAGUGCUUGCAUCAUAAAAAGGAGGCCGCACGCGUAGCCGCCCUGCAAGCAGCAUACCGCAAGCAGCAAGCCAACAUCAAGCGCGACGAUGCGCCGAGUGCGGGCGAGAUACGCAGGUUGGGGAUUCUGGACGCGCCGCUCGAGGAGAAGGGGUUGAAGCCGAGUAAAUGGUUUCCGCAUAAGGAGAUUAACUAGCGAGGGACGGAGAGAAGGAGGCGCGCGAAGGAGGACGUGUAUUAUAUCGGGUUGGGAAGGGAUGGAUAUGAUGGGAAAAGAUGGCAGGGAAGUGGUGAAUGGAUGAGGUUCAUACAAUAUACGCGCUAGUAAAGCAUGCAUUUCUUCGUGG